AAUAAAACAAGAAAGUUAAAAGAUUGAGAAAGAAAGAAUGAGAGAAAAUAAUUUUGGUUUCACAAUCACAAAUCUCCUUUUCUUCUCCCGGGUGUAGAGCGCGCCAUAAAUAAUAUAUUCACAAAAUUUCGACAACAGAAAAGAACGGAACUGAACCUCAAGGCUCAAGCUGCAAUGGAGUCUGCUAACAAUGCCCUAAUUUCUACAUCCAUUCUUUCCCUUCUCUUUCCUCUUCUUCUUCUUCUUCCAUCUUCCUCUUCUUCCACUGUUCCACCACCCAAUCAACAUUCUUUAGUUGUUGCUCCAUUUGCCAUGUUGCAAUUAUCUCAUGGCAUACCAGUGAAAUACUUGCACAGUUCCAAGCCUGGCACUUCCAUGGUCUGUGAAAGGGUUCAUGUUUAUGGAUUUUCGAGGAUUAAAAAUCUUAGAAAGUUUGCUCAUUCAGUUAUGUUGAGUGUAUCCGCGAAAGAUUCAAGUGUUUUGCCAAAGGCUGAGGUUUGCUUCCAUAGGAACAUAUCUCUGGAGAUAGGAAUGUGCCCCAAUAGCCGAUGGGAGAAAAUUUCUAAUGGUUCAUGGGCUCGUUCCAUGUCGCCUUUUGGAUACAAGGUGUUAGAUAUUCGGACUACUAAUUUAUCUUUAGAAGGUUUUGUAGUAUCUAUUGAAGAAGCAGGAUUUUUCCUUAGUCGUGUAAUAUAUUUGAUCUUGGGUAUUAUCCUCAUGAGUUUGGCUCCCAAUCUGAGCAACUCGUUAGCAUUUUACUAUGUCAGUACAAUAACAACUGGUGCCGUCCUUGUAAUAUUGAUUUGCUUUUUUCAGGGACUGAAAAAGACAACAAAUCUUUAUCCAACUCAUCCAAAGACUUCAUUGUUAAUUUAUUCAUCUGCUGUCGGUUAUGUGUCAUUUCUCUUAUACCAAUUUCCUCAAUUUUGGCAUUCAAUACUUAUGGAGAUUGGAAUUGAUGAGGAAAUAUUCUAUGCUUUGGUAUUAUUUCUGUUGGUUCUCAAUUUUCUUGCUGGCGCAUGGUUGGGCUUUUGGGCUGUUCGCAAGUGUAUCCUAACAAAAGAUGGAUCAAUUGAUUUAAGCACAUCCCACUUUGUUGAAUGGUUCAUCAGAAUCCUCUCUGCGGUUUUAAUUCUUCAGAGUUCUGUGGAUACCAUAGUGGCAUUGGAAGCUUUAGUAUUUGGAAUAUUGAUCUCUUCACUUUCUAGAAGAAUCUUUAGAUCGAGAAUCCUGCGUCGUAUCCAUAGAAAUUUAACAAAAUUAGCUCACAGAAGGCACAGAAAGUCACGUCUGUCUGAGCUUUCCUCUUCUGAAGAUUCUCUUGAUAAAUACAAUUACAAUAUCCGAAGCAGUGAAGACUUCAAUUUCCAAACAGGGCAUCGAUCAAAGGGUUACUCUAUUGCUCCAAGCAGUUCUGAUCAUGGUUUUAGCAACAAUACCUCCAGUCAGCUAUACUUGUCUAGUUUUCAUACCACACCUGAAAGGAGAAGAUUCUCAAAGCCUGAUUGGGAAGAGUUCACCAAAGAAUCCACCGAGAAAGCCCUCGAAGAGCUUGUUUCUUCACCUGGUUUUGGGAAAUGGCUUUCCAAAAGUGCAGACAGAAUUAGCGUUACUCCACCUAGCGGUAGAAGACCUGAACAAAAGGGCAAGUGGUUUCAAUUCUCUUAACCAUGGUCUUAAUCAGUUACUAGGUGAAUCAUGAUUGGCAAGCAUAGUAUGAGAUGGAGAAGAGAAGAUGGCUUUGGUAUAUGCACAUUGAAGGAGGCUAAGUACAAUGCUGUCAAUGCAGCCAUCGACUUCUAAAUGAGAUUGCACGGUUUCUUUACUUGUCGGCUUUGGCUGCACUGCAUCCCGGAAAAAGACCAUGUAAGAGAAAACAAGAUUGAGCUGUGAAGCUGUGAAGUGUGCUACAGAUUGGAGUUGGACCCCUGUAUUUUGUAAUUAUAUUUAAGAUUGACUUUACUUUUUAGAAUAUGAUACUUCAAACAUGUAAUGUAACAGCUUCAGAUUUGUAAAUUGUAACAAAAUUAGCCCUUCUGAAUUCUGAUGAAUCCAUUUCUAUAAGUUACCAUUA